AUGGAUGAAGUGGUAGAGAAUCUCGUCAUGUUGGCGAUGAUUAUCUUGAUUUGUUGUGGAGGGGCAUUGUGUUUUAUUUGUCUGGACUCUGAUAAUCGGCGCAACAAUGAUCAUCCGACUGAUCAUCAACCCCCUCGUAGUUUUCAUGAACUAAUCCAAACCAUCAAACCCACCGGCACGUACAAGCCUCCACCUCCCCGACCAAUCCCCGUCGUGAAGUUUAAGUCUCGUGACUUCAAAGACGGCGUCGAAUGCGUUGUGUGCCUAUCUGAGCUAGCCGAGGGAGACGAAGCCAGGGUUUUGCCGACCUGUAAUCACUGCUUUCACGCCUAUUGCAUCGACACGUGGCUUCAGUCGAAUUCGAAUUGUCCUGUCUGCAGAAAAAACGUUGUUGGCCGUUUGAUACCAAAUCACGGCUCAAGUUCCGUACCUCGUACGAGCAGUGACGCUAAUCCCGAGGUUGUGAUAGACAUUCCGUCGUAA